CGGUGUAAGUGAAGGGGAGGAGAAGAGAGGAGAGUGGGAGGAGGUGCGGGUGGGAGUCCCGCAUAAGGAGCGUUUCAAUCCCAACAUGAAUUCCACCCGCAAUCUCUGACGGACAACACACGAGCGAUAUAAGCAGACAUCACGGACACUUUCUAAAGUCUUUCCCAUCAGCGUCGUCUUGUUUUCCACGGAUGCACUUAACGUCUUCCUCGUGACUUCAACAUCGCCGCGGAACGGGAUGAGGCGGUAAAUGUCGCGUUUCGCAUCUUUUCGCUCGGGUUGAAGCCGCAGGAGUAUGUGAUCAUGUUGGCGACGCGCUGCCUCCUCCUGUGGGCUGCGGUCACCGCGCGACUCGCCGUGACAGGCUGGGGCAGCAGCAUCAAACGGGACGGAGCGGAACGGGGACGCGAGCAGAACGCGUAUGCAGAGGAGCUCACGGAGCCUCAGCGCCUGCUGCAGCGGACUGACGCGGAGGAGGAGCUGCCGCACGGGCACUUGGGUAGCCUAGUGAAGAGUGAUGCUGAUGGAGCGCAUCCCAUUCAUUUGGCUCAGAUCUCAUUCCUGGUGAAGGCCUUUGGAAUCCAGUUUGUUCUAGACAUGGAGCUCAAUCACGAUCUCUUGUCGUCUAACUAUGUUGAACGCCAUUUCAAUGAGGACGGGCGACCUUUUCAGAGUCUGGGAGGAGAGCACUGUUACUAUCACGGUCACGUGAGAGGAGUUCAGAGGUCAUGGGCAGCUCUCUCCACCUGUCACGGCCUACAAGGGAUGUUCUCAGAUGGCAACUUUUCUUACAGCAUCGAGCCCGUGCACAACAGCAGCGAUCAGGAUUCAAAUACUCAUGUUGUAUACAGAAUGGCAGAUAUUCGGCUGACGCCACAUUCCUCAGGAAGCACCAGGAACAGCAGUGACUCUGACAUUAACAAUGACUUUCCCGUUUCUAUGGAGACGGAUGAGCCGGAGCUCACAGAUGGGCUGAGACGGGCAAAAAGACAGGUUCGGAGGGGUCCGCGUACAGUUCAGAGUGAAACAAAGUAUGUAGAGUUACUAGUGGUCAAUGAUUACGAACUGUUUGUACAGAUGCGAAGAUCGGCCCCUCAGACAAGAAACUUUGCCAAAGCUGUAGUGAACAUGGCUGAUGCUAUUUACAAGGAGCAGCUGAACACUAGAAUAGUGCUUGUCGCCAUGGAGACAUGGUCAACUCAGAACAUGGUUUCUGUUGGUGACGACCCUUUGGUGACUCUCCGUGACUUUAUGAAAUACAGGAAGGAGAAUAUCAAAGAGAAGAGUGACGCAGCUCACCUGCUCUCGGGACGCACAUUUCAGAGCAGUCGGAGUGGCACUGCCUACAUCGAGGGUAUCUGCUCGCCAACACGAGGAGGAGGAGUCAAUGAGUACGGAAAUGUGGGACCUAUGGCUAUCACCUUGUGUCAGAGUUUAGGACAGAACCUUGGAAUGAUGUGGAACAAAGACCGUGCUACUGCAGGAGACUGUAGAUGUCCAGAUCCGUGGUUAGGCUGCAUCAUGGAGGAUACUGGAUACUAUCUACCCAGAAAGUUUUCACGGUGCAGUAUAGAGGAGUACAUUCAGUUCCUCCAGCAAGGAGGAGGGAGCUGCCUCUUCAAUAAACCUAACAAGUUGUUGGAUCCUCCUGAAUGUGGCAAUGGUUUUGUGGAACAGGGAGAAGAAUGUGACUGUGGCUCUCAAGUGGAUUGCUCUCGUGCUGGGGGUGCAUGCUGUAAAAAAUGCACUUUGACUCAUGAUGCAAUGUGUAGCAAUGGACUCUGUUGUAGCCGUUGCAAGUAUGAGCAGAGAGGAGUGGUCUGCAGGGAUGCAGUGAAUGACUGUGAUGUACCGGAAACAUGCACUGGCGAUUCGAGUAAAUGUCCUCAUAAUGUCCACAAACUGGAUGGUUACAUGUGCAAUGCUGGACUGGGCCGCUGCUAUGGGGGCCGCUGUAAGACAAGGGAUGCCCAGUGUCAGGCACUUUGGGGCCACAACGCAGCAGAUCGCAUGUGUUAUGAGAAGCUGAACACUGAGGGUACGGAGCGUGGCAACUGCGGUCAGGACAGCAGCUCACGCAGCUGGAUUCAGUGCAAUAAACAGGAUGUAUUGUGCGGAUUUUUAUUGUGCACUAAUAUCACGGUGAAACCACGGUAUGGAGACUUACAUGGAGAAGUCACAAGUCUGACCAUCUACCACCAGAACAAGUACCUGGAUUGUCGUGGGGGUCAUGCAGUGUUAGAGGACGGCACUGAUCUCGGGUACGUAGAGGACGGCACACCGUGUGGUCCAAAUAUGAUGUGCCUGGACCAUCGCUGUCUGCCGGUCACAACCUUCAACCUGUCAUCCUGUCCCGGUUCGUCCUUCUCUCAAGUGUGCUCUGAUCAUGGGACGUGCAGUAAUGAGGUGAAGUGUAUCUGUGACUCCGACUACACUGGGAAGGACUGCAGUGUGUAUGACCCCAUUCCAGACCCCCAGCCUCCAGACGGUCCUGAGAAGUACAAAGGUCCGAGUGGUACAAACAUCAUCAUUGGUUCCAUAGCAGGAGCGAUACUGCUGGCAGCUAUAGUACUGGGAGGAACAGGCUGGGGCUUCAAAAAUAUCAGAAGAGGAAGAUCUGGAGGGGGAUAAAGCAUGUCUUCUGCUCUCCUGUGCUUCUGCACUGUGUUCUUUUAACUUUGAGGGAAACAGAAGAAACUACCGAUGUCUUCCACUCUCUCACCAAACUCCAGUGUCACUCUCUCCUGUCUUUCCUACUUCCUGUUACUGCCUGUCACCUGUUGCCUCGAAACACUCCAGUACAUACCAUGGUAACAUUCUUAAACUGAUUUCAAUUUCAGAGAUGUUAGUUAUUAGUAAUCAGUUUUGGUCUUUUAAACCUAGCACAGAAAAUGGAAAAAGUCCUCAUUUACUCACCCUCAUGUCGAACCCAUCUGACUUUCUUUCUUUCAUGGAGCACAAAAUGAGAUGUUGAGCAGAAAGUUCACAUUGUUGAGUUCUGGAAAAGGACCAAAAACCACCAUAAAGAUAGUCAAUCUGGCUUGUGCGCUAUAUGCAGAUAUAUUACUGCAUAUUCAAACAUGGCGCCUCAAGGCGCAUCACUUCAGGUAAAUAGUCAGAAUUUUCAGUUCCUAAUUUUUUCCAAAAAACAAAACAAAAUAUAUUAUCAAAAAUGUUAUUAAUAUUAUUACAAAAUUUAUUUACUAAUCAGAGAGCUGCCACCUUAAUCGAAAACAAACUCCAAGAUCACUAUGCAUGAUCACUUUAAACUAUUUUUCUUUUUAAAUGCUAAUAAUUUAGGACUGAGAAGCCGAGACUUCUUCAAGUCCCCUUUGUUCCAUGCAGAUAAACAGACUCUUCCCCAAACAUUUUGGAGAAAAUCUCUCCGAAUACUUAUGGAUUUCCCAGUAGAAAUCUAAAAACAAUGUAUCUCUUGAAAUGGAAUGUCUGCUAGCAUUCCAUGUUUACCCUCAUACUAGUCUGACAUCUAUAAUCUUGCUGCUUUUACUAUCAUCCAUAUAGUUAAAAAACAUGCAUAACCAUAUGAAUGUACUUUUAUGUAACAAAAAAUAAGGCAUUGCUUGUGUGUUUAAUGUAGUUUAUACUUUUCAUAAGCACAUAGCUGAGUGAGGCAAGGCCAGGUAAUUUUAGUAAAAUAUGUAUUGUGUAUAAUUUGUAAAUCUUAUGAGAGGAACACCGUUUGAAUGCACUGAGCUGAGGAUACAUAUGUAUGUAUAUAGUGUAAAUAGUGACAACACUAUUUUGCCCUUUGACUGUAAAAAUAACACUGUCAGAAAUAAGCACAAAUACGGGGAUCGAGAAUGAAACAAGAUGUAUACAGACUGAUAUACUGUAUACAGUCGUCACUAAUGGGCAAAACCACAAUAUUCAAAGUCACAUUUUCAAUCAUUUUUAUGUUACAACAAUCUUGUCCAGUAAAGGUGCACUAAGUGACUGUCUUUCUGUUCUGCUGGCUGAUGUCACAGAGCUCUCAGAUUUUAUACUGACACCUAUCUGUGUGGAUCAAGGCUAUCAUCUUUUUACAUUUUCAGAUUAUUUACUUAAAAAAAAAAAAAUAGUUACUUAUAGUUUUAAUAGUUUAUAGAUAAAUGUAUUUUGUUUAGUUUUUUAUUUUAUGGAAAUACAGUACUUCUCUUUCAAAUAUUCAGAAAGAAGCAAGAAAGAAGCAUUUGUAUUUACAAUAAAUCAUACAAAACAACAUAUCAGCUCCAUACUGCUUAUUGAUUCUCGUGCACAGCCAGCAGAAAACAAGACACCCACUAAGGCGGCAGUUCGUUUACACACAAAAGGUGCAGUCAGAUUUCUACGCUGUUGUACAUUUUCAUGUCGCCAUUAUGGAUGUAAUGAAAUGUGAAACUCACAAAUUGUGUAGAUGGACAUUACAUUAGUUUUCUUUGAUCAUUUUCCAUCCUGUUAGACUUUUGUAAUAUAACUUUAAUGAACAAAAUUCAGUUCUUAAAUGACAUCAUUCUUCAAUACAUUUUUGUGGAAAAAUAGCAGUAUUAGCUAUGGAUUUGUUGAUACAAUGUUUUGCACUCUUAGAAAAAAAGGUUCAGUGGGGUUCUAUGAUUCUUGACUGAAUUUUAAAGAAUGUUCGGUUACACUUUA